GCGCAUGUUGUUUCCACUCGCGAAAUCAUACAUCAAACUAUGCACAGUUCACAGAUUGUUGUGACGAUAGGAGAGGUAAUCAAGCGUGCAGCGACCUUCAAGGAGGUGGAUUGUAGCGUUUGACCCAUCAUUUGUUAUGCAAAUCUUCACUAGAAAAAAGGAACUUCACCUUCCACCUCCCAUGAUCUAAAAGGAAUGACGUAUUUGUCUCUCUCUUUUUUGGGGGGGCUUUUUUGCGUGCUGUGGCACGACUCCAAGCAUACCCUCGAUUUUUUCCAGUGGGCCUAAUGGUGUAGCUUUCAUGCCGCAACUCAUUCGUGACUGUUAGGGUACAGGAAGUACAACUGUGGGGUAUUCUUCAAUCUCAAGACCUUCAUUUCUGUUCAGGUGGACAUCAGGUACCCAUUAAGAUCCAACUUAAAAGUCAAAGCGACAAGGGAUUUCUCCGACAAGUUUCCUAGACUUGUACAAGUCAGUCAUCAUGCCACAAUUGCCUGUCUGUGGAGUUUGGAGUGUCGUGUGUGGAUUCUUUGUGACGAUAACUACCAGUACAUUCGGACCCGCAAAAGCUGGAGACUUUGCCAUUAUUGCAGAUAUUUACAACGGAACCAUUGCUGCAGGAAGCAUGGGCAAAGCCCUCGCCGAUUUAACGCCCGUUCCACUAAGAGGGGUGAUGCAACCAGUGGCCGUUGACUAUGACCCCGUGGAGCAAAUGGUGUACUGGUCUGAUCUGAAUACUUUUCCUACUGCAAAGAUCUCCAGAGCACAUUUGAAUGGAACGAGCCAGAUGACCCUCGUGGAUCAACUGCGUCUUCCAGACGGACUGGCGCUUGAUGUUGAUGCACGGAUCAUUUACUGGACGGAUGGUAUUCUUGGACAAAUCGGACGAACUCGUAUGGACGGCACUGGCGUUAAAGAAACGGUUGUAACUGGUAUAGAUCAGCCAAGAACCAUCAUAACCGACCACGGAAACGGCUACAUCUUCUGGACGGAUUGGGGGAAUGCGUCCAAAAUCGAGAGGGCAGAUCUGGAUGGAAGCAACAGGAUCGCCAUUGUUACAGGCAAUUUAAUAUGGCCCAAUGGUGUUACAAAAGAUGGUAACAUCCUGUAUUGGUGUGAUGCUAGUUUGGAUAAGAUUGAGAAAAGCGACCUCUCGGGUAAUAAUAGAGAGCUUGUGAUUGACUUGACUCAAUACCAAGGAAUACAUCCUUUCGAUUUGGCCGUAAACGAGGGCUACAUCUAUUGGACAGACUGGGGAUACAGUAACCUCCUCCGUAUGGCUGUAGGUGGCCGAGGAGUGCAAAGGUUUGGCCCACUUGUUUUCCAGCGUAGUGGGGGUCUUCACAUCCAAGAAGAGCCCAAUUACUGUGAAAGUUCCCCCUGCCUUAAUGGAGGGACCUGUGUCGAUGUCAUUAAUGGAUUUUCCUGUGAAUGCCCACCUGGAUACCUUGGAAGAAUCUGUUAUGAAAAUCCUUGUGGAAGUAGUCCGUGUGCGAACGGCGGCACGUGUACCUCUGGACCAACAGGCAGGUUAAACUGCAUGUGCAGCUCCGGUUACAACGGACAAACCUGUUCAAACGUCGUCCACUGCAUAUUGAACUUAUCUGAGCAUCUAAUGGUGGUAUCAGGCCAGCGGGCCGUAUACCUACCUGGUGACUCCGUUGAGUAUAAUUGUCCCGAUGGAUACCAGCUCGUCGGGUCCGCUGUAAGGUUUUGUCGCUCAGACUUCUCUUGGUCCGGACAGCCAGCUGUCUGCAUCCCAGAAGUCAGUGGUUGCCAACCCCCGGCUACUUUUGGUCAUGUGACUUUGGUGGAAUCAGACCAAGCCUCGUUUCAAGCAGGCCAGGAGGCAACGUUCAUCUGUGAUAAUGACUACCUUGUCGAGGGCUCCGGCGAUCACUCUGCCACGCGUGUGUGUCGUGCAGACGGCACUUGGUCCGGCGAUCAGGUUGUGUGUUCACCUGCAGGGACCCCUCCGGAGAAAAGCUAUGCAGGCGCGAUUGCAGGCGGAGUGGGCAGUGGCAUCUUGCUGAUCCUGUUUCUUUUCGUUGUUCUGGUCCUAAUCAAAAGAAGGAAAACACAAGGCGAUGGAGUCAGAGUUGUACAGCCUCCAGACGUAUCGAACCUGAUCGGUGUAGACAAAACAUUCCAACGGCAAGCACCUCCUCAAAGCAACAUCUUCCAUAUUUACGAGGAGCCUAACUUCGGUCAAAACAUGCAACCCACCAAUCAACCGCCACAAAACAAUAAUCAACCUCAUACUUAUUUGGAAGUAAUUUAAUUAAUCUCGCAUAUUUGACUGUAUGUCUGUAUGACUGUUGUUCCUAAAGGAUAUAGAGCUGAAUUUAUUCUAAAUAUCUGUCAGGAGUUGCUGUUAUUUCACGUCCUUGUCCUGUACAAACACCUUUAAUCCGGGAAUCGCUCAGAGACUCUAUCAUUCCUGAGAAACUUGACAUUCUAGAGAAUCCUCAUUGAAGUGUAUACAAACUUGGUCCCUAUUUAUUUAACAAUUUUGGCUGCUGCUUUAUGGUUGGUAACCAAUUGCUAUCACUUUUUCAUCCCUUUGUCAUCAAAGGUGGAACUUUAAACUUGUUGAUUUUUCCAAAAAUCAAAAUGAAUGUUAUCUGGGUAAGAACUGCACAUUUUGAUAGUUAGGUCUAAUACAAAUGAAAGGUAUUUUUUUCUCCCGAAGGAGGAAUUUUUCUAGAGAUAAGUGUUUCCGUUUUUUAAAAAAAAAAUUGAUGCUCAAUAUUCCAAGUGUUUGGUAUACACAUCAUACUUAAUUGUAAAUAGGCCAAAUGUGCAAAGCACAUCAAGUUUUUCAAAAACUUGUGUCAAAAGUGAUGCUGCACAUGUUUGUAUUUUGUGUGCUGAUGUCCUCGAUUGAAUCGGUUUCAAAUCGUCACUGCUUCGUGAAGUCUCGAACUGCAAGUGCCGAUGUGGGAAUGCUCUUUAGACUAUUUGCCACAUUGAAAAAAAAAAACUCCGAUGAAGGUGCCCCUGACUCCAUUAUUAAUCCAAGAAAGAUACUUUACACAUAUAGCCUAAAUGGGUAGUGUGUUUUUUGUUUUAGCCAUUCAGUUGUUUUACACAGGCCUUUUGUCACCUGCUCGGCUUUUAUUUCAAAGCUAUCCCUGAAUACGGUAGCUUGCUGUUAUUUUGACACGAAAUGGGGGCUUUUCUAUGUCAAGGCGAUGAAAAUGUUGCCGACUAAGCGUUGAGGAUAACUGAUCAGAAGAGUAGUGACUGUCGGAGUUGUAAUAGUAUGCAGGAUUUUUCCCUAUGUGGUCUGAGCUCCGUUAUAUUGCCACAUGUGUGCCCGGACCAGUAACAUCAGUGAAGGGUUGCGCUGAAACCACUAAGAGCAGUUGAAGAAACCCAAUACCUGCAAAGGUAUGCGGUAACGGUAAUAUGGAUGCAGUCUUAUUUUGUUACUGCUCGACGUUAGUUUACCAGUGUACUUUGGAGCUCUUUGAAUAACAAAUUGCAUCCUUUUAGUAACUCAGAAGCAGGGAAUAACUAUUUCUCCAACGAAAAAGUUUAAAAACCUCAACUUUAUCUAGAAAAUUAUCAGAUCUGUCAAACUGUUAUACAGCACCAUGAAGUUAAUAUGUAUUUUGUCAAUAUAACAUACGUAAUAUUUUUCAUUAUAUAUUUCUCAUUUGGAAGAUGUAACUUCCGCCUACAUCUCAACAUCAUAAAACUACCACAAAUAGAUAUAGCAGUAUCUAAAUCAUUAUAAAUGAAAUCAAUUCUGCGACUCAUUUGAUGUCAUUGAAAUCUCUUCAAUUGUAAACUAAUGCACUUAUAUUAUUAUGCACGCUUGAUGGAUCUUACUCAGAAUUACUGAUACUAUCCCCUGACGUUAUCUAUUAAUGUUUCAGAUCUGUUUGAUUUAUUAUGAAAUUUUCAUUUGUUACAAAAACCACCAUUUUAAAUUGUACGCAAUUACAUUGUAUGUUUUACAUGUAUAUAAUUAUAAACCUUUCUUAUCCAUUUUAUCCUCAUGGGAAAGCCACGAAUACAAAAUUGCAGUGUCAUAAAUCGUUUUAUUUAAUGCCAUUAAAAGCUCCUUAAAUUAAAAAUUGGUCUUUGUGUUAAUUGUAAACAUGUUACCGUUUAGAAUCAAACAACGUUUUGGAAAUAAACCUGUUUUGAUGUUCAGAAAGCGUUACCACCUGAUAAACGUGAUUUUAUCUAUUGUUAUUAACAAGUUUGUAAAUCUGUCUAAAUUUAUUUACACAUCAACACGUACAUAUUCUUUUAAAAAAAUUAACAUCACAACGUGUUUAGCUUUGGAUGAUUAACACCACAUUACGUUCAUUAAGUGUUACCAGGAAGGUUUUAAAUCAUUAACACAUGCAUGUUUUUACAGUGAAUCGUACUGCGCUUCAUUAUGUAUGUCUAUCUAUAGAGUGAUAUUGUUUAUUAGUAAAAUCCCAAACUGUUUCUUCUUCGCGACUUCUCAUGUAUAGUAAGCAUCCUCUGCUUGGGCCUUCGAUAAAGUACUUAAUUCGAACUCUAAAGAGUUCUCAGUGGGUGUUUUGUAACGGUCUGACUUUCAAAGCCUACUUUGGGCCUUCUGUAUCUGGGGGUUGGAACCCACAAAAUAACCAUGAGUCUCGUGUAUCUUUCUGUUAGAAUACAGAGUUUUGACUCCUGCUGAGAACUGUCGCUGUGAUCAUACCUAUUCCUUACUGUCACAAAGUGUUGGAAAGUCAAAUAAAUUUAUUGGACCUCUCUCUUA